AUGGACAGACCGGUCCUUCGCCGCUUGAAUUAUCGAGAGCUACGAGAAGUUCUUCUCGAAGAAAUCCACGACCUAGCGGACGAUAUGCGAUACUGCAAUACACUACCUGAGGUCAACAAGGCAGACCAUGAACGUCUUGAUGCGUAUCUUCAGACGCAGAAGGUUGCUCUGUUAGGAAGAUUUACCAGGCGCCAGACGUCUACUUGA